GAGUUGGCCGUCUGGAACGGCGUGAUGAAGAGGGAAAUGUGUGCCAUGCAGUUGCGGCUUCGAGACCGUCGCUGGUGAACUUGGAAUUUGGGGUCCGUUUCUCCCCAUGCACAACAGCCGGCUGCCUGAGCCAAAGCCCUGAAUGGUGGCUUUGUCCCAAAUUUUCAGCGUAUGGAAUCCAAGGGCUGUUUACCUUUAAGAGUGGGAUCUCAGGGGAUGUGGAGCCCAACUGGAAUUCCCAACUCUACUUCCCGGCUGGAGACUUCCACGGCCCACGAGUCUCGCAGCCACAAUCAGCAGACCACGGCAUUUAGACAUCCUGUGACUGGGCAGAUUUCUCCCGAAAACCUUGAAUUCAUCCUGCAAGAAGAGCAGAAUUCACACAUGUCUAAGCAAGAGACAAACCAAAGACCCUCCAGCAUGGUCAGUGAAACAUCUACUGCGGGAACCGCGUCCACCCUGGAUAUGAAGCCUGGGCCCAAGGUCCUUAAGUCCAGCAGCAGCAAAGUUCACAGCUUCGGGAAGAGAGACCAGGCCAUCCGAAGGAACCCAAAUACCCCAGUCGUGGUGAGGGGCUGGCUGCACAAGCAGGAUAGCACUGGAAUGAGGCUAUGGAAGAGGAGAUGGUUUGUGCUUGCUGACUAUUGUUUAUUUUACUACAAAGACAGUCGAGAAGAAAACGUUUUGGGUAGCAUACCUUUGCCCAGUUAUGUCAUCUCUCCGGUUACACCAGAAGACCGUAUAAACCGCAAGUAUUCCUUUAAGGCGGUCCACGAUGGGAUGCGGGCGCACAUCCCUAACAGCUCUGUGAUUGGCUCCCAGGCUGAGCACUCGGGGAUGCGCACCUACUUCUUCAGCGCAGACACACAGGAGGACAUGAACGUCUGGGUCCGGGCCACGAACCAAGCGGCGCUGGUGCAAUCUCGCACGCCGCUUAAGAGGGAGGCGGAGAAAGCGGAGCGGCCGGUGGUCUCCCAAGCUAACCACAAGGCAGUGCCCUGCCGGGCGGGCCCCCAGCGGGCAGACGACACCUUCGGCUUCGAGCGUCGGGAAGAGCUGAGGCGAGAAUGGGAGGACGAGGAGCGCUACGGCUUCAAGAGAGACCAUGUGGAGGGCAGGCGGGAGCGGAGCAAGUCCCGGCCCCCGUGCCCCCUGCCCGAAGAGGACGCGGUGUUCGGGGAUGCGCCAGGCACUUUGAGGGCCCAGCGGGCAGAGAAGAACGGCCCUCUGCCCUCUGAGCAGAACGGCACUGGAGGGUACAAGAGGGCAUUCGCGGGCAGGGCCCCCGCCGAGAAGCACAGCCAGCGGCAGAGCAGCCUGGCGCAGGUCGAGCACUGGGUCAAGGUGCAGAAAGGGGACACAAGGAGCCUCGCCUCAGAGCAGACCCUCCCCCGCCAGGACCCCAGCCAGUCCCUGUCCUUCCCGGACCCGUACCACAGCUUGCCCCAGCAGAAGAACGGCAGCCGGCAAGUGUCCGGCAGCACCCUGGCCCCACUGCAGAGCCUGCCCGGUGACUACAAGUAUGCCCAGGACCGCUCGAGCCACCUGAAGAUGUCCCGUGAGGAGCGGCGGGCCCACAGGGACGGCACUGUGUGGCAGCUCUACGAGUGGCAGCAGCGCCAGCAGUUCCGGCACGGCAGCCCCACCGCCCCCAUCUUCACCGCCACCACCUCCCCGGACCUUGCCGGCCACGGCCGGAGCAGGAGCCUGCUGGAGGUGCCCCGCUCCAUCUCCGUGCCCCCGUCCCCCUCGGAUGGCCCCCCACCAGGGCCCCCCAGGGCCUUCCCCCCCCGCCGGCCACACACGCCGGCAGAGCGGGUCACAGUGAAGCCUCUCGAUGAGGGGUGGGGGCCCGAGGCCUCCCUGGCAGGCUCCCCCAGAAAGAUGCACAGCCACGUGGUCAAGAACUCCUCUCACGUGGACAGGCGCUCCAUGCCCUCCAUGGGGUAUAUGACCCACACCGUCAGUGCCCCCAGCCUCCAUGGGAAAUCGGCGGAUGACACCUACAUUCAGCUGAAGAAGGACCUGGAGUACCUGGAUCUAAAAAUGACAGGGAGAGACACCCUCAAGGAGCGGAGUUUAAAACCUGUGAAGAUUGCUGAGAGUGACAUUGAUGUGAAACUGAGUGUUUUCUGUGAGCAAGAUAGAAUCCUGCAGGACUUGGAGGACAAGAUCAGGGCCCUGAAGGAGAACAAAGACCAGCUGGAGUCCGUGUUGGAGGUUUUGCACAGGCAGAUGGAGCAGUACAAAGACCAACCCCAGCACUCUGAAAAAAUCUCUUACCAGCAGAGGCUCCUCCAGGAGGACCUGGUCCACAUCAGAGCUGAAAUAUCCAAAGUUUCAACGGAAAUGGAAAACGCCUGGAAUGAAUACCUGAAGCUGGAAAACGAUGUCAACCAGUUGAAGCAAACAUUGCAGGGACAAAUGAACAGAACAUUUUUGUCUCAGGAAAAAUCACAGAUUCAGAAGGAUCUCUGGAGAAUUGAAGAUGUUACCGCCGGCCUAAGUGCGAAUAAAGCGAAUUUCAAAAUCCUGGUCGAGUCGAUCAAGAAUCCAGAGAGAAAAAUGGUGCCUUCCGUCCCUCAGCCCUCAGUGCCUUGCCUCUCAGCUCCUCUCGCCUCCCAGGAGGACAAGCUCUGGGUGCAGCAGAGCCCUCCGACGAGCCCGGCCAGGGUCCCUCUGGAGGUGAAGCUGUUCCCCCAGCUGCAGACCUACAUCCCCUAUCGGACUCACCCCGCCCAGCUGAGGAAAGUCGAAUCUCCCCUUCAGUCACCCACAAAGCUCAAGCCAAAGGUUGAAGACGAGGCCCCUCCCAGACCACCACUUCCAGAGCUGUACAGCUCCGAGGACCAGCCUCCGGCUGUGCCGCCUCUGCCUCGGGAGGCCGCCGUCACCAGGCACCUCUCCGUUCGUGGCCUGAAGCGGCAGUCGGACGAGAGGAAGAGGGACCGCGAGCUAGGCCAGGCUGUGAACGGAGACAACCGGACGGAGCUGCGUUCGUACAUGAGUGAGCCAGAGCUGGGAGCCAUGAGUGGGGACGCUGGCCAGCCCCCACUGGGCUUCGUGGGGUCUGACGGUGGAUACCAGACGCUGCCCGGCCGAGGUCUCUCGGGAUCCACCUCCAGACUCCAGCAGUCAUCCACCAUCCCGUCCUACAUCACCCUUCGGAGGGGCUUAAAUGCGGAUAGCUCCAAGAGGCCCAAAAGCGCGCUGGAGCGCCUCUACUCUGGGGACCAUCAGAGGGGCAAGAUGAGCGCCGAGGAGCAGCUGGAGCGGAUGAAGCGCCACCAGAAGGCCUUGGUGCGGGAGCGGAAGAGGACCCUGAGCCAGGGAGAGAGGCAGAGCAUCGUUGUCCCCUCACGCGGCCCGCCCCGGCCCGGCCCCACCGACAGCACCUCACAGUGGAAGCGAGAACAAGAAUUUGACUUGCAAUUGCUUGAGAGGGCGAUGCGUGGAGAAGAAAAAGAUGAAAAUGGCUGGCUGAAAGUCCAGGCAAUUCCAGUGACGGAAAUGGACAUAGAACCCGAAGAUUAUGACUUGGACAUCAAUAGAGAGCUGUCCAAACCUGAGAAAGUCUCGAUCCCAGAGAGGUAUGUGGAUCUGGAGCCAGAGGAACCUCUCAGUAUGGAAGAAUUGGAAGCUAGAUAUCGCAAAGCUGAGAAGAUACGGAGUCUCCUCACCCGAUCCAGGCACCCGCUGCCCGCCCCAACCAUCGCCACCACCACCACCGGCCAGGACAGGCGGCACUCCGGGGAUCUGGAUUCCCAACUGCAGGAGCAGGAGCGCAUCAUCACUAUCUCCUAUGCCCUGGCAUCCGAGGCCUCGCAGCGGAGCAAGCAGGUGGCAGCUCAGCUGUCGGCUUUCCCGCCUAAAGCACCCUCACCUUGUGCACCCCAGCCACCUCACUGCCCCUUAAGCAAUGGAUUUCACUACACGUUUGUCUAAACACCUUCCAACCAAAGCCGGCACUGAACACUGAGACCCGAAGCCACCCUCACGGGUUGCAGACCCCUGACUCCAACUAAGGAAAGCCCAGAAGGCAAGGGUCAGCUCAUCGCCUGAACCACCCGCGGACCUCCAGCACUCUCUCUGGCCCCAAGACCAUGCCACACAGGUUUCCAAAUUUUCCAGGCAAAGCAGUUUCUAUCCCCCCGGCCUAGCACUGACACUGCUUUUUAGAAACCAAGUCCGUUUCGUCACUUUGGUCUGGUGCUGAGGAGAUGGGAAGUAGUUCUGACGAUCUGGUUGCAUUUCAGCUGCCUCCCCCAGAGGCCCCCAGGGUGGAUUUUGAAGGCUCAAGGAAGUCGUGGCACUGUGAGGUGGGGGAGCCCGGAGCACGCAGGCUCUAGAGCGUCAGAUGAAUUUGAGUGGGAAAAUUUCACUCAGACAAAGCCUGAGUUUCACAGAAAGAAGAGCGGACAGUUUGCCGGGGAACCUUCUGGAGGGGAAUAGUCCUGUGGAAAGCAGACAUCAGCCUUUGGCUUAAAUGCCAAGAGCCAGCAUCAGUUGAGCUGCACUUGGACCAGAGUUAGGGGGAGGUCAUCCGCUGCACAGGUGGGGAUGUGAAGGAACUCUUCUACACAGAUCCUCACCACCCAGCUUCCUGCUACUCCCCCUGGCCUCCCCCACUGCUGCUUCAAUCCUCUUGAUCUCCCUGACGGGGGUGACUCCUCUCCCUUUGGGAGCGAGGAAUUCAUUCUCCUUAGAAAAAAGAUGAAUGGAAUCCAGAAAUGAAAGCAGGAACGGGAAAGCAGUUGACAAGGCAGACCCGGAAGCAACAAAAUGGACACCGUUAACAUCGAAAGUUCCUGUCUCCCUCUUUAAUCAUCAUAAAAUAAAAAGCAAAAUGAGGUAGUUACAUCACAUGCUUCCCAGAGGUGCUUUGGAGUCCAGCAUCGGGCCUGGGUGUGAAUCCCAAUUUUGGCACCAGACACCAGCAUAGCACCCCUGUGUUCUCUGGACAGAGUUAGGGACCCUUGGUGGGUGGAGGAGUCUGCAGAGAAGACCAUCAGAAGCCCCAUGGCCUCCGGCUCCCCGUCCUGAGGGAGAAAGCUGCUCAAACACUCUCACCACCCUAGGUGAGACGGCUCACUUGUCUUUUGCUACCUUCAAAUAACGGUUAAGAAGUGGAUUCGUCUAUGAGUCUACUAAGAUGGUAAUUCAUAUUGUAUUUUGAUUACUCAGAUAAAAAAUAUUCUCAAGAAAUCUAUUUAGAAGAUACAGUCUAUUUUUAACUAACUCUGUAUACUACCAGUGUCAACUUGGUUAUGUUUUUGCCAAAAUAAAAUGAUUUUAUUUUUUGCCUUUUUAAGAAAUUUUGUUGGGGGAAAGAAAAGGAAACCAAAAUGAGUAUUUUACAAGGAAACAUUAAUUUAAAUAAAAUUGUAAUGGUUUGCAAACUAUUGUCUAUGUACAGAUUAAAGU